AGGCAGUUCAGGCAUCAGCUGUGCGGUUGAAGGCACCAGCCGGGACCUUCUUCCAUUUUUCCUUGACACUUGGCUUUUAAACAGAAGGGACCUAAGCCGGGAAAGGUAGGAUGGGGGCCGGAGCUAGCGCUGAGGAGAAACGCUCCAGGGAGCUGGAGAAGAAGCUGAAGGAAGAUGCUGACAAGGAUGCAAGAACUGUCAAGCUGCUGCUGCUAGGUGCUGGAGAAUCAGGCAAAAGCACAAUCGUCAAACAGAUGAAAAUUAUUCACAAAGAUGGUUACUCGCUUGAAGAGUGCUUGGAGUUUAUUACCAUCAUUUACAGCAACACCCUGCAGUCCAUCAUGGCUAUUGUAAAGGCCAUGACCACACUCAACAUUAACUACGGCCACCCCGAUCAGCAGGAUGAUGCCAGGAAACUCAUGCAUCUUGCAGACACGAUCGAGGAAGGAACCAUGCCCAAAGAGCUGUCGGACAUUAUCCUGCGUUUGUGGAAGGAUUCUGGUAUCCAGGCAUGCUUUGACAGGGCUUCAGAGUACCAGCUCAACGACUCAGCUGGAUACUACCUAAACGAUUUGGAGCGACUGAUCCAGCCAGGCUACGUGCCCACUGAGCAGGAUGUGUUGCGAUCAAGAGUCAAGACCACCGGUAUCAUCGAGACCCAGUUCUCCUUUAAAGAUCUCAACUUCAGAAUGUUUGAUGUGGGUGGCCAGAGGUCAGAGAGGAAGAAGUGGAUCCAUUGUUUUGAAGGUGUCACUUGUAUCAUUUUCAUUGCUGCUUUGAGCGCUUACGACAUGGUGCUGGUGGAGGACGAUGAAGUGAAUCGAAUGCACGAGAGUCUCCACUUGUUCAACAGUAUUUGCAACCACCGCUACUUUGCCACCACCUCCAUUGUACUCUUCCUCAACAAGAAAGACGUGUUUGUGGAGAAAAUCAAGAAAGCUCAUCUCAGCAUGUGCUUCCCUGAGUAUGAUGGACCCAACACCUAUGAGGACGCCGGUAACUACAUCAAAAUACAAUUCCUGGACCUAAACCUGCGUCGAGAUGUCAAAGAAAUCUACUCCCACAUGACCUGUGCCACGGACACGGAAAACGUCAAGUUUGUGUUUGAUGCCGUAACCGACAUCAUCAUCAAAGAAAACCUGAAGGACUGCGGUCUCUUCUAAAAGUUGGGCAGAGGAACUAAACAAGGGUGAGCAAAGAGAAAGUGAGCAAAGAUACAGAAAAAAAUAAAGCCGCUUAAAGCUGUGGUCCGUAGCGUGAUGUCAUCAAGGAAAGAAGCAGAUUUUGAGGUUUGAUUGGCUAUAGCUCCCACCCCUGCCCCCCUUAACAUUCUGGAAGGUAACGCUGUACUAGCCAACAGUAAAGGCAGCACAAUUAUCUCCAUUUUUAUUUAUUACAGUUAUCUAAAGAUAAAUGAACAGCUUAGUAUUUACCAGUCCAUUAGAAACUCGACCAACUCCAUCAGUUUUGAGCUCUUGUUGACCUCAAAUUUUAGUCCAUCUAUUAAAAGCAUCUUCAAUGUAAAUUAUGCUCAACUGUUGUAAACGUCUCACGGAGUUUCCUCCGAAGAGCUCAUAAAUGUUAAAAUUUUCUUUGAGCAGUAGAAGGCUGUCGAGGAAUCGGUAACUUUGAGAAUUGUUUUGGUGACUCUGUUGCAAAAUCUGGCUACUUCUUCUUCUUUGUUGUUGUGCUAAACUGACUAGGGUGCUUUCUCGUUGACUGACUGCUGCCCCUUGUGGAUACGAAUAUAUGUUGGUCAACGCUCUAGGAUAGUGUGAAGGAUUCCUUUUGAUGUAGAGGCCAGGGUAGGGACUUAGGAGAAAUAUAAAUUUUGAAAGAUGACCUGCAUUAUAUAUAACAGAGUCAGUUUCGAAUUCAAGCAUUUUUUCAAGUUACUUUAAAAUGUUGAAACUACAUACCCUAGCUUUAACCAUCUAACCAUUGGGAUUCUCUUUUUGUUGUCGUAGGGUUCUAACAUAGAAAGUUCCUCAAAUCCCUCCAGUAAUUAAACUGAGGACUGAAGAUGGAAAUUGUCCCCUUGAAAAGUCAUCUUGAAACAGCAAAUGCAAAAACAUUUAUUUCAAUUUGUGUCACAAAAUAACUUGCAGCUUUGACCAAUAACUUCUUUUCAUCUGAAACCGACAUCUAAAGACAGAACAUCCGUUUCUAAUUUUAGGACAAAUGUUAUGUCAAACUUUUCUCCGAUGUCUUUGGAGGGCCGUGCAGUUUGUCGUUCCGGUUAAUCCAGGUAAACUAAGUUAUUUAGAAUGUUUUAAUAGACAGAUGUGAAUAAAUGUCCAGUCUUCAAGCUCCAGUUUUGUUAGUAUCCACCAAAAGAAGACCACAGUCAACUCACCACCUGCAAAUGCACUUCAGUCUAGUUUAGGCAUUUUAAUAAACUUCCACUAGAAAUGGCUUUUAUAUAAAAACACACAACCGUAAACUUUGCAGCACAAUUAAAGAACGUUUUUGAGUGAAGCACUAGGGGAUGUUUUUCCAGUAGUUGAAAAGGGCCGUUGUAUAUAAUUAUUCAGAUUUCUAAUGAAGUAUCAAGUUGUAGAAAACUCCAUUUAAAAUUCUUUGUUUGAAAGACUUUGAAGUAUUUAACUUGUACAAAGACACAAAUGGUACAAAUUGUUUUAACUUAUUAAAGCUCCU